CGAAAGUAAAAUUAUGGCAAUUUCACGUGAUACAGAUAAUACAGGGCAUGAUAAACAUCUGUCAGACUAUGUUUUUCUUCAAAGUUCAACAUAAAUAAAUAUUCGAAAUUAAGAAACUAGAAAUAUGCAAGUAUACAAUGGUUGGUGACGUAAAUGAAAUUCGAAGUAAUUCUUCCAAUGAAUUAGCAGAUGUGUUUUUUGAAAAAACGAGGAAAGAAAAUAUUUCUCGCAUUCAGAAAAUCCUUAAAAUUAAUUUACAUGGCUGUGAUCUCCUUUUCUGUUUGUUUUAUUCAUCAUUAAAUUCAUUUAGAGUAGAACAGUGCCUUAAACCUUUGCCGCCUGGUUUUCAAAGUAAUGAUACUGAUUCCAUUGACAAAUUAAGGCAAAUAUGUUCUUCGCUGCCAGGUCUGAGAAGUUUGAUGUUGGAUCCUAGUCAUUUAUCUGCAGAAGCCCUUGCCAUAUUAAACUACCUCCUGUUUUGCAAAAAUCAACCACUUUUAAGACGAAUAGACUUAGAUAAUUUCCAAUUUCCUGAUGAAACUGAUAUAACUUUAUUGCCCAACCAUGUAUUCGAAGUUAUUUAUCCACAACAUAUGACAGAUUCAUGGAAUCGUCGUAAGAAAAAUCAUAAUGUUAUUAUGGCAUUCCAUGGUAGUCAACUUGAAAACUUUUAUUCUAUCAUCAGGUUCGGUUUACAACACCAUUUUGGGAAUGGGAAAAUACAGUUAUUUGGACAAGGUACUUAUCUAUCAACUGAGUUAAGUGUUAGCAUGAUUUUUGCACCAUUUUCAAGGAAUUGGCCUAAAAGUGUUUUGGGUGCCAAAUUAAGCAUUAUUGCUGUUUGUGAAGUUUUAGAUAUUAAACAUAAAGUCAAAAAAAAAGCAUCUAGCAAUUACAGAGGUAUUGGAGGAGAAAUUCCUGAUAAAUAUGUUGUUGUUACAGACAAUGAAGUUAUGAAAAUAAAAUAUUUAUUAGUUUACAGUAAACGUGAGGCUAAUUUUCGGUCCUGGUCAUACCGAAAUGUUUUUGCAGUUUUACUUCUUCUGUAUUUCGUUUUUUUGUGCAUUAUAGGUUCCCAAAACAGUUUGUCAAUAACAUUUACAAGAUUGUGGAAUAAGUACAUAAAAAAGCAUUUUCUGCAGUAUUAGUACAAUCAAAUGUACCUUAGAUAGUUAAUUGUAACACCAACUAAAGUUUUUCUGACCUUAUUCCACAACAUUAUUUGUAUGAUUGGUUAAAAUGUAAUAUGUAAUUUCUUUUUUGUGUUGAUGUUAACAUUAAGUUUUCUGCAGGAUACUAUCAGUACAAAAAAAUGUGAAUAGUUACUACUACUAAACAAGCAAUUUUUAUAGUAACUGUGAUCAACUACAGAAAAUUUUGUAUUUA